AUGUGUAUCACCAUAUUGCAUGCCCCAGUUACACUUUCUUACCUUCCUGGCGUUAGUAGGAGGCCAAGAGAAUCUUUCACAUUUUGCAGAUGGUCUAAGAUUGCUUCUCAUCUCCCUGGAAGAACUGAUAAUGAGAUCAAGAAUCAUUGGAACACCCACAUCAAGAAAAAACUAAAAAAGAUGGGUAUUGAUCCAAUCACCCACAGACCAAUCUCUAGUACAACAAAUGAUCAACCCCAGCAAGAACAAGAGCAAAAACAGAAACAAAUUACUUCUCUAUCUGAUAAUGAUUAUACACCUGACUUUGAUCAAAACAAGGAACCCGAGACAUCAUUGGAGUCAUCCUCCAUUACUGAAGCCAGGGAGGAAGGCAGCAAAAGCAUAACAAGCACAUGUGACCCAAUGGAGCUCAUGAAUAAUAGCUUAUGCACUGAUGAAGUUCCAUUAAUUGAACCCCAUGAGAUUCUUGUCCUAGGUGCAGAUUCUUCAUCAAGUUCUUCCUCCUCAUCAUCCUCUUCUUCUACUUCAAAUUCCUCCAACUUCUUACAAGACUUGCAGUUCCCGGAUUUUGAGUGGCCUUGUGACUAUAUGAACAACAGCAUGGGAUUGUGGAAUUAUGACCUCAGUCGUUGGGAUUUAUAUAUAGAUCAUGAUCAUAAUAACUAG